CGUGCACUUUGGCUAGAGAAUGACGCGCCUAUUUUAAGACUCUUGAAUUAUUUUGACUAGUUGAUACUAUAUGUUGAGGUAUUACAGAUAGACUACAUAUAGAAUGGUAGAUAAUGUUAAAUUAGAAAGGCCAUCAUGGUUCCCGUUAAAUUCCUAUGUACCUUUGGAUAAAGGUAUUAUGAGGGAUUUAGAAAUGGCUUGUAAGGUCGAUAGUAAUGUAUAUUCUAAUAUUGACGAAUUAAUGCAGCAAAUAGUCAAAGAUACUCAGAAAUAUAUCAACAAUUUUGCUGAAGGAUAUACAUGGAGUAUUGACGAAAUGUAUCUUAAUUCUAAUCUUAAGAAUUUAGAAAAUUUGAUCAAAAUUAAGUUUGAUUUGGAUACAUAUAGAUCUAGCUUAAGGACAGCUAAAGAAAGCAUCAAAGAACAAAUGCGACAAGAAGCAGAAUAUACCGAAGACGAAUUAAAUACUUUAAUGAGAGAAAAUAAUGGUCUAAACAGACCUCAAAACCUAGUGGAUUUUAUGAAUACACUGCUUAAUAGUUCAGGGCAAGAAGAUCAAUAUCGAAGAAUACUUCGGGCUAAUGAGGAUUAUCAGUUUAUAAAAAAUGUUUCAUUCAUAUCUAAGAAUCCGGAAGAUCCAAUUCCAGACGAAGAUGACGACGAAGAAUUAAAUGUGGCUGGAGGGAAAGUAUCAUUAAAAGAUCCUAUUUCGCUUCAGUUUUUCAGGGAUCCGGUUUGUUCAAAUAAAUGUAAGCAUACUUUUGAGAAAAGCUCCAUUGAAGCCCAAUUCUCCCACGGAUCAUCUGCACAAUGUCCAAUCGAUGGGUGUUCCAAGACUAUUACAAAAAAUGAUUUGUUUCCUGACAAACUCAUGAUGAUUAGAGUUUCAAUAUUCAAAUCAGCAGCUUCGAAAGAUAAGGAAGGGGACGAAAGUUUGGAAAGAAUCAUAUGAUUUUGAA